AUGCGCGUACUGCACGAUGGCAAAGCCGCCACUGCGGAUCGGCCAGACAGCGCAGACGCGCUGAAGCGGCUCGACGCCAGCUUCGAGGCGUACUUUGGUGACGCUCCGCAGAGCGAGGCGAAGACGAGCGAGGCUGAAUUGCCCGUCGAGCCACAGAGCAAGCUCAGCGAAGCGCCGUCGAGCGACUCUCACGUGGCAGAGGCUGUGGACCAAGCUGAGCGCGAGGCUACAUCGUCUCAAGCUGAUGCGGCUGCACCACUGCCGACGGGCUCCGAGGAUGUUGCCGCAGAUGAGCCAUCGCCGCCGCCGCCGAUCUCUCAGGCAGUGCCCUCACCCACGCAAGCGAGUACACCUGCCGCCGCCCCAGCAGAGACGGCACAUGUCGCACCCGACCCUCAGCAGCCAGUCGCAGCCGCACCGGAGACGCAAGCACCGGAGGCGCAAGCACUGGAGGCGCAGGCAGAAGUGGAGGAGUACGACGCGACAACAGCACCGCGAGCUACGCCCCUACGCGCUGCCAAGGUGCCGUCAUCACGCAUCGCCCGGGCGCUGCACUACGGAGGUCUCGGCGCUGGCCUUGCCUGGGGAGCAGCUGGCUCCUUCUUCUCUGGCUCGGGCCGGGGCGAGUCGGGCAAGGAAGGGUCCGCAAACCCAAUCCUGGGCGACAGUAACGUCCGGCGGCUCGUCGACAAGCUGAGCACGAUGCGGGGCGCUGCGCUCAAGCUCGGCCAGUUUCUGAGCAUCCAGGACAGCAACAUGCUGCCUCCUCAGCUCGAGGAGGUCCUUCUGCGUGUCCAGAAUAGCGCGCACUACAUGCCGGCGUGGCAGAUGGAGAGAGUCAUGCAGGCCGAGCUCGGGCCGGAGUGGCGCAAGCAGUUCUCCUCUUUCUCGGACGUGCCCUUCGCCUCGGCCUCGAUCGGGCAGGUCCACGCGGCAGUGCUUGCAGAGGACCACCCGUCGCCUCUGGCAGGCCAGCGCGUCGCCAUCAAGAUCCAGUUCCCCGGCGUGCGGUCGAGCAUUGCGUCUGACCUGGGCAACCUGCGCUGGCUGCUGGCGGCCUCGGCGCUGCUUCCCAAGGGCCUCUUCCUCGACAACACGAUUCGCGUCAUGCAGCGCGAGCUCGACGACGAGUGCGACUACGUGCGCGAGGCCGACAUGAUCCGCCGCUUCGGCGAGCUCACGAAGGACUCGCAAGUCUUUGCCGUGCCGCGCGUCGUCGACGAGCUCAGCACCGCGCAGGUGCUGACGACGGAGAUGAUGCGCGGGCGUCCUCUGACGCAGGCUGCGAGGUACACGCAGGACAAGCGCGACCAGAUCGCCAAGUCGAUUCUGGAGCUCUCGCUGCGCGAGCUGUUCGAAUACCGCCUCAUGCAGACGGACCCGAACUGGACGAACUUCUUGUACAACGAGCGCACAGGCAAGAUCGAGCUCAUCGACUUUGGCGCGGCACGCGCGUACGACAAGCCGUUCAUCGACGACUGGCUCUGCAUGCUUCGUGCGGCAAUCGGCGGUCGUCGCGACGAGUGCGUGGCGUGGAGCGAGAAGGUUGGCUACUUGACGGGCCAGGAGUCUGAGGCCAUGCGCGACGCACACGUCGACUCGAUGAUCGCCCUAGGCGAGCCCUUCCGAGCCGACGCUCCCAACCCAUACCCAUUCGCCGAGCAGACCAUCACGGCUCGCGUGCGGGCGCAGAUCCCGCUCAUGCUCCGCGAGCGUCUCACACCGCCGCCAGAGCAGACGUAUUCGCUCAACCGCAAGCUGAGCGGUGCCUUCCUCCUCUGCGCAAGGCUCGGGGCGCGCGUCAGCUGCAACACGAUGCUGAGCGACGUGACGCGCGACUAUGUGCUGGAGAACACGCCGCCCGCCGGCGUGCCCCAGCGCACGAGCGGAACGUCCAUCGGCAGCGAUCGACGUGGGCUGCACACCUCCAGGAUCCUGCGCGAGGUCGAGCAGGCCGAGCGGCGGCGCCAGCGGACACGUGAGAUCUGA